CCCCCCGCCGCAUCAUCCUCUGUGCACUGUACACACCAUGCUUUCGCGCACUCUCGCGCCGCUUGCGCGGCCGCUCGCCCGCGCCUUCUCUACGGCAAGAGGUAUCACCACCCGCCUCGCGCCGCCACUCGCGACCACCCCGGCGCAGCAGGCGCGCAUGGUCGAUGUGCUCACGGACGCGUUCUUGUCUUGUGCGUAGCAUGGGAGCAUGGCUCACCCAGUUCCCGAGCACACCGUGUUGUGGGGGCACGACCGCACGCUGAGCCACACCCUAAUGCAAGCGACGGUGGCGCACACGCUCGCAAAGCACCGCGUGUGGGUCGCUGAGUCUGAGGAGGGGGGCGACAUCCUCGGCGUCGGGCUGUGGACAGACCCCGGCGCGGCGUGGUUCACAGAGGAAGAUGUGCCCGCCGUGUUUGGGAGCGUGAUGGCCAUGCUCGACCCCACCAGCCUCGCGUUCAUGCUGGGCGAAAUGCUGCCGCGCCAGGCCGAGAUCGAGGAGGCGUACGCGCCCGGAUGCUCUGCGGACUGGUAUUUCGGCGCUAUGCUCGGCGUGGAUCCGCGCGCGCAGGGCCGCGGCGUCGGCGGUAACAUCGUGGAUGCGAUCGUCAGGCGCGCGGGCGAUGUGCCCGUUGCGUUCCACACACAGGGCGCCAAGAAUGUGUCCUUCUACGGCAAACAUGGAUUCAAGGUCGCCGCAGAGCGCGAGUUCGUGCUCCCGAACGGGGAGAAGUGGUGUGACAAGCUGAUGGUCCGUCGGCCAGACGGAUCGGUGUAGGCGACAUGUUGUUGGGCCGAGCACACGAGUGGGCCCCGCGUAGUUGUUGGGCCGAGCAUACGAGUGGCCGCGCGUGGUUUCAUGAUACACGA